UAAAACUUUGUGUUCUCGAUACCAUCCGGGAACAAAAGGAAGUGUUAUUCGGUGCAUUUUCCGCAACAUUGACAAAGGAUAUGCGUAAUAAGGCAUGGUCUGUAAUUGGUGAGUAUGCGAAGUCAAUCGGAGCUCUUCCAAGCGGAAAAGAUACGCUGUACAUACGCGAUGUAUGGUGGCCAAAUGUACGGAAAACCUCUAUGGAGAAACGUGAUAAUGCCAGAAAAACAGGGACAGGAGGUGGUUACGAUGCAAAGACAAACGACGUCGAUAUGCUUGUAUACGAUAUUCUUGGGAAAGAAUCACCUGUUCUUGAAGGUUUGUCAGUUCCGGAGAGCAUGGAUGAGCUAGCUGAGAAGCAGUUUUACGAGCAUAACGAACAGCCAAGUAGAUCAACAAUAAGCUCAGAGUUAGUAAUUGCAAAAGGUUCUGGAACAACAAGGAAGGAUUCUAUUACGCAACCAAGGUCAAAGAAAAGAAAAAAUAGAACAUUCUGUUUCAAAUGAAGCAGUAACAGAGAAUGCUGAUCUCACCCGUCGCAAGUUGCAAUUGACAAUAGAAGUCCUUGAGAAAGAACGUGAACUGAAAUCGCUGGAGGUCGAAAAAAUGGCAAUGGAAAGUUAUUUAAUGAGUUUGAAAAUCUACACCUUCGAGCUCAAGCAUGGAUUACCGGCAUCAAAAUUCACGGAGAACAUUGUUAACGAUAAAUCAAAUGCUCAAGUUUCCAAUAAA